UCGGCUCGGCGCGGCCGCCGCGGGAGCAUCCUCUGCCACCGCCCGUCCCCGGCGCGCCGGGCAGCAUCCCAUCGCCCCGGGCGGAUGUUGGGGAGCAGAGGGGACAGGCAGAGCCGCUAGGGGCGGGCCGCCCCCCGGGAGGGGGCCAGCACCGGCAGCGGGGGCCGCCCCGCCGCCGCCUCCCUGCCCGCGGCUCGGGCCCCCGAAGGCACGGCGAGGAGGAGCUACGGAGCCCGCAGACAGCAGGGCAGGACGAGGGGGGCGGCCCGGCCCCGGCGGGGGGAGAGGCAGCGGCUCGCCCGGCCAUGCCACCCCGGCGCUGAAGCCGCCCCGCCGCAUCCCCCAGCCCCCCUAGCCCGCCAUGGCCGCGCCACUCUAGGCGACCCACCGGCUCGCCCCGCGUCGCCCCGGUUCCCCCGGGGCCCUCGGCCGGAGGAUGGACGAAGAUGGACCGCGAGCGGCCGAGGAAGAUCCGGAGCCGGGCAGAGCCAAGACUUUCAUCCGCCUUAAUGACCUGUCCGGGGCCGGGGGCCAGCCGGGGCCGGGGGACAGGGAGGCGGGCAGCGGCGAUUCGGAGGCAGAGGCGCUGCCCUACCCGGCGCUGGCGCCCGUCGUCUUUUUCUACCUGAGCCAGGAGAGCCGGCCGCGGAGCUGGUGCCUCCGCUUGGUCUGUAACCCAUGGUUUGAGAGGGUCAGCAUGCUGGUGAUUCUGCUCAACUGUGUGACGCUGGGCAUGUUCCACCCCUGCGAGGACAUCGCCUGCGACUCGCCGCGCUGCAGGAUCCUCCAGAGCUUUGAUGACUUCAUCUUUGCCUUCUUUGCCGUGGAAAUGAUCGUCAAAAUGAUUGCACUGGGGAUUUUUGGGAAGAAAUGCUACCUGGGAGACACAUGGAACCGCCUGGACUUCUUCAUCGUCAUUGCAGGGAUGCUGGAGUAUUCCCUGGACCUGCAGAAUGUCAGCUUCUCAGCCGUGCGCACCGUCCGAGUCCUGCGGCCGCUCAGGGCCAUUAACAGGGUCCCCAGUAUGCGCAUCCUGGUGACGCUGCUUUUGGACACGCUGCCCAUGCUGGGGAACGUCCUCCUCCUCUGCUUCUUCGUCUUCUUCAUCUUCGGCAUUGUGGGAGUCCAGCUGUGGGCAGGUUUGCUCAGGAACCGCUGCUUCCUCCCUGAGAACUUCAGCAUCCCCUACACGGUUGAUUUGGAACGGUACUACCAGACAGAGAACGAAGAUGAAAAUCCCUUUAUCUGCUCCCAGCCCCGGGAGAACGGGAUGCGCUACUGUCGGAGCAUCCCAACACGGAGGGAAGAGGGUCUGGAGUGCACUCUGGAUUAUUAUUCCUACAAUGACACCACCAACACAUCUUGUGUGAACUGGAACCAGUACUACACCAACUGCUCUGCUGGGGAGCACAACCCCUUCAAGGGAGCCAUCAACUUUGAUAACAUCGGCUAUGCCUGGAUUGCGAUAUUUCAGGUCAUCACGUUGGAAGGCUGGGUGGACAUCAUGUACUUUGUCAUGGAUGCACACUCCUUCUACAACUUCAUCUACUUCAUCCUCCUGAUCAUUGUGGGCUCCUUCUUCAUGAUCAACCUGUGCCUGGUGGUGAUAGCGACGCAGUUCUCUGAGACAAAGCAGCGUGAGAGCCAGCUGAUGAAGGAGCAGCGCGUGCGCUACCUGUCCAACGCCAGCACCCUUGCCAGUUUCUCAGAGCCAGGAAGCUGCUAUGAUGAGCUCCUCAAGUACCUGGUUUACAUUGCCCGGAAGGGCAGCAAGCAGCUGGUGAAGGCCUACAGGGCAGCAGGCGUGAGGAUGGGCUUCCUCAGCAGCCCCACGAGCAAGGCGAGGGCCGAGCGGCAUGCCAGGAAGCGCCGGAGCAGGAAGAGAUCCUCCGUGCACCACCUCAUCCACCACCACCAUCACCACCACCACCACUACCACCUGGGCAACGGGAACCUGCGAGCGCCCCGCGCCAGCCCGGAGAUCAGCGACGUGGAGACCAGCUCGCUCCACAACGGCACCAACCGGCUGAUGCUCCCUCCCUCAGCACCCAACUCCCUGGGGGCCCCCAGCGCCUCUCCCAGCAACACCGAGUCCGUGCACAGCAUCUACCAUGCCGACUGCCACUUUGAGCCGGUGCGCUGCCGGUCAUCCCUGACACAGCCAAGCCUCGGUUUGCCAAGCCCAGAAGGGAUCCCCAAGAACGUGGUGGGCAGCAAGGUGUACCCCACAGUGCACUCCAGCGCCUCCCAUGAGAUGCUGAAAGAAAAGAACUUGGCGGAGGCGGCGGUGGGUGCCGGGAGCAGCACCUUGACAAACCUCAACAUCCCGCCCGGGCCAUACAGCACCAUGCACAAGCUGCUGGAGACACAGAGCACAGGGUUCUUCUCAGUCCAUGUUACAGAGAAAGGUGAUGGCUUUCCAGGUCCCUGCCAAAGCUCCUGCAAGAUCUCCAGCCCCUGCAGCAAGCUGGAUGGAGGCUCCUGCAGCCCCGAGAGCUGCCCCUACUGCCUGGCAGCGCUGGGCGAGGCCGAGCUGUCCGACAAUGACACGGCCGACUCAGACAGCGACGGCGUCUACGAGUUCACGCAGGAUGCGCACUACAGUGACCAGCGAGACCCACAACGGGGCAGAGCCCGGGCCGGGAGAGCCCAUCUGGUGCUGGCCUUCUGGCACGUGGUGUGUGAGACUUUCCAGAAGAUCGUGGACAGCAAAUAUUUCGGCCGUGGGAUCAUGGUGGCCAUUCUCAUUAACACACUCAGCAUGGGGAUCGAAUACCAUGAGCAGCCGGAGGAACUUACCAAUGCCCUGGAGAUCAGCAACAUCGUCUUCACAAGCCUCUUUGCCCUGGAGAUGCUGUUGAAAGUCCUUGUUUAUGGUCCUUUUGGCUACAUUAAGAAUCCAUACAACAUCUUUGAUGGGAUCAUUGUGGUGAUUAGCGUGUGGGAGAUCGUGGGCCAGCAGGGCGGGGGGCUCUCGGUCCUGCGCACCUUCCGUCUCAUGCGGGUGUUGAAGCUCGUCCGCUUCAUGCCAGCGCUGCAACGCCAGCUCGUUGUCCUCAUGAAGACCAUGGACAAUGUGGCCACCUUCUGCAUGCUGCUGAUGCUCUUCAUCUUCAUCUUUAGCAUCCUGGGCAUGCACCUCUUUGGCUGCAAGUUCGCUUCGGAGCGGGAUGGCGACACUCUGCCUGACAGGAAGAACUUUGACUCCUUGCUCUGGGCCAUCGUCACUGUUUUCCAGAUUUUGACGCAGGAAGACUGGAACAAGGUCCUUUACAAUGGCAUGGCCUCCACCUCAUCCUGGGCUGCUCUCUACUUCAUCGCUCUCAUGACAUUUGGGAAUUAUGUUCUCUUUAAUCUGCUGGUGGCCAUCCUGGUAGAGGGUUUCCAGACAGAGGAGAUGUCCAAGCGAGAAGAAGCGAGUGGGCAGUUAAGCUGUAUUCAGCUGCCUGUCGACUCGUCGGGGAAAGGCAAACUGGGAGUGCAAGAACAGGGUGAUGCUUCCAAGUCUGAUUCCGAGGGGGAUCUCUUCCCCCACAGCCUGGAAGAGGAGGGAGAACCUAAGAAAAACUUGUCAAAUCCAGCCUUGAUGGCCCUGAGCGAGCACCCGGAGCUGAAGAAGAGCCUGACCCCGCCGCUCAUCAUCCACACGGCCGCCACGCCGAUGCCCAUGCCCAAGAGCGCCGUGUUCGGGGACGCGGCUCAGGGCUUCGAGUCCCGCCGGGCCAGCGGCGUCUCCACGGACCCCGGUGCCGCCCACGAGCUCAAGUCCCCGCCCAGCGCCCGCAGCUCCCCGCACAGCCCCUGGCGGGCCAGCAGCGCCUGGAACAGCCGCCGCUCCAGCUGGAACAGCCUCGGCCGCGCCCCCAGCCUCAAGCGCCGGGCGCAGAGCGGCGAGCGCCGCUCCCUCCUGUCCGGGGAGGGCAAGGAGAGCUCGGAGGAAGGCGACAGCUCGGAUGAGGAGCGCUCCAGCCGGGCCGGCAGCUUCAAUGGCUCUUUGCCGCACCGCAUGGAGUCGCUGGAAACGAAAGGGUCCUUUGACCUCCAGGAUACUCUGCAGGUGCCUUCCCUGUAUCGGACCGGCAGCAUGCACAGCACCAGAACGUCUGUCUCUGAGCACCAAGACUGCAAUGGGAGGACAUCUCCGGGGCUGCUGCUGCACCAGCUCCACCUGGAUGAGCCCCACCAGGACGGUGAUGACGGCGAUGAUGAAGGUAGCAUGAGCAAAAGGGACCGCAUGAAGGCCUGGCUGCGGGCACGGCUCCCCACCUGCUGCAAGGAGAGGGACUCCUGGUCCAUCUACAUCUUCGCCCCUCACUCCAGAUUCCGUCUGAUGUGCAAUAAAAUCAUCACUCACAAGAUGUUCGAUCACGUCGUCUUGGUGAUCAUUUUCCUGAACUGCAUUACCAUUGCCAUGGAACGACCCAAAAUUGAGCCUCACAGCGCUGAACGGAUUUUCCUAACACUCUCCAACUACAUCUUUACAGUCAUCUUCCUGACUGAGAUGACAGUUAAGGUGGUGGCACUAGGCUUGUGUUUUGGGGAGAAAGCCUACUUGAAGAGCAGCUGGAAUGUGCUGGAUGGGGUGCUGGUGCUCAUCUCCGUCAUCGACAUCCUGGUCUCGAUGGUGUCAGACAGCGGCACGAAAAUCCUGGGGAUGCUGCGGGUCCUGAGGCUGCUGAGGACGCUGCGGCCCUUGAGAGUCAUUAGUCGAGCCCAAGGACUGAAGCUGGUCGUGGAGACUCUCAUGUCAUCGUUGAAACCCAUUGGGAACAUUGUGGUUAUCUGCUGUGCCUUUUUCAUAAUCUUUGGGAUCUUGGGAGUUCAGCUUUUCAAAGGCAAGUUUUUUGUGUGCCAGGGGGAGGACACCAGAAACAUCACAAAUAAAUCGGAUUGUACAGAAGCAAGCUACAAAUGGGUCCGGCACAAGUAUAAUUUUGAUAAUCUUGGCCAGGCCCUGAUGUCUCUGUUUGUCCUGGCCUCCAAGGACGGGUGGGUGGAUAUCAUGUACGAUGGCUUGGAUGCUGUGGGAGUCGACCAGCAGCCAGUCAUGAACUACAAUCCAUGGAUGCUCCUCUACUUCAUUUCCUUCUUGCUGAUUGUGGCCUUCUUCGUCCUCAACAUGUUUGUGGGGGUGGUGGUGGAGAAUUUCCACAAGUGUCGGCAGCACCAGGAGGAGGAAGAAGCCAAGAGGCGGGAGGAAAAAAGGCUCCGCCGGCUGGAGAAAAAGAGAAGGAGUAAGGAGAAACAGAUGGCUGAUCUAAUGCUGGAUGAUGCAUUAAUGGAGAGCUCAGCCAGUGCAGUGCAAGAAGCUCAGUGUAAGCCCUACUACUCGGAUUACUCCCGUUUCCGCCUCCUGAUUCACCAGAUGUGCACCAGCCACUACCUGGAUCUGUUCAUCACCGGCGUCAUCGGCCUCAAUGUCAUCACCAUGGCCAUGGAGCACUACCAGCAGCCCAAGGUUCUUGAUGAAGCCCUGAAGAUUUGCAAUUACAUCUUCACCGUUAUCUUUGUCAUGGAAUCUGUUUUCAAGCUUAUUGCCUUUGGAUUUCGCCGCUUCUUCCAAGACAGAUGGAACCAAUUAGAUCUGGCAAUUGUGCUACUGUCUAUCAUGGGCAUCACUUUGGAAGAGAUCGAGGUGAAUGCUUCACUACCAAUUAACCCCACGAUUAUCCGGAUCAUGAGGGUUCUCAGAAUCGCCCGAGUGCUGAAGUUGCUGAAGAUGGCUGUGGGGAUGAGGGCCCUCCUGGACACCGUGAUGCAAGCGCUGCCACAGGUGGGAAAUCUGGGCCUUCUCUUCAUGUUGUUGUUUUUCAUAUUUGCAGCUCUUGGAGUGGAGCUGUUUGGAGACCUUGAGUGUGAUGACACACACCCCUGCGAGGGGCUGGGACGGCAUGCCACAUUCAGGAACUUUGGGAUGGCCUUCCUGACCCUAUUCCGAGUAUCCACAGGAGACAACUGGAAUGGGAUAAUGAAGGACACACUGCGUGACUGUGACCAGGAGUCCACCUGUUACAACACCGUCAUUUCCCCCAUCUACUUCGUCUCCUUUGUGCUGACAGCCCAGUUUGUCCUGGUGAAUGUGGUGAUUGCGGUGCUCAUGAAGCACUUGGAGGAGAGCAACAAGGAGGCAAAGGAGGAGGCAGAGCUUGAAGCAGAACUGGAGAUGGAGAUGAAGACCAUCAGCACUGGCCAGCACAGCCCCUCAAACAUCUUUGCGUGGACAGGCACCACCAGUGGAGACAGACCAGAGAACCCCGGCGGAUUUACCAAUCCCAUGCAAAUCAAGAUGGAUUCUCAGCUCUCACUAGCUUAUCAUACGGAAAGGCACUUGUUUGAUACCAUAUCACUGCUGAUCCAGGAAUCUCUGGAAGGAGAGCUGAAGCUGAUGGACAACCUGUCAGGCUCUGUGUGCCAUCAUUAUGCCCUCCCAGCUCCCGAAUAUUACAACUCUGAGAACCAGAUCCCUCUAGCUGAGAUGGAGGCUCUGUCUCUGACGUCAGAUAUUCUCUCUGAAAAGUCCUGGUCCUUAGCUCUGACGGAUGACUCUUUUCCUGAUGACAUUAACACACACUUACUUAAUGCUCUGGAAAGCAAUGCCGCUCUCCGCUGCAGGGACGACGCGCUGACGCUGUCCCCCAGCAAGGACCUGCUGAGCGUGAGGAAGCCCUCGGUGGGACGCACGCACUCCCUGCCCAACGACAGCUACAUGUUCCAGCCGCCCUACUCCAGCCCCGGCCCGGCCUCGCUGGGCAACAGGAAACCAGCACACCACAAGUCCCAGUCAGGUUCGAAGGCAUCGGUGCAGUCGCAGCCGGCAGACACCAGCUCCCUCCUGCAAAUCCCAAAGGAACAUUUCCACCAUGUGAGAGCUCACGAGCACUUGGUGGGGGACAGCAAGCCCCGGGUCUCGCAGCAGGCACACUCCCCUUCUGCUGAAAGGCUGCUCCGCAGACAGAUGGCUAUAAGGAAUGACUCUCUGGAUAGCAAGGAGAAUCUCCACACCGAGGUGAGUGAACUCUCUGACCCAAAUGCUCCCACUGUGCCCAAGGAGGAGUCACCAGUGGCUCUGAUGCCCUCAGAAGUGAAUGAGUUGGCUGCCUGGAGUCGGGCGAGCGUCCAUACGCAGCAGCAUUCCCACAAUCAGUAUAAUAUUUCAAAGCAGGCACCAGCAUCCUGUGCUUGUGCAGACUCGUAUCAGGAGACCCCUGAAGACUCAAUGGACCAAGAAGUAUCUGAAAUAAACAGCUCCUUGGAGCCUUUCACUUCAGAAACUUGCACAGCCUCGAGUGCCUGUUCGGAGGGUCAGCCUCUCACACCUAAGAGGAACGUGGGCAAUACUGGCAACGCGGUACUGAAGGACCUGAAGAAAUAUCACAGUGUAGACACCCAGGGUCUGCUAAAAAAACCACCCUCUUGGUUAGAUGAUCAAAGGAGACAUUCAAUAGAGAUUUGUUCCAUAGAAAACAGCCCUCAGCACCAUUCCACGUCCAGCUCUUCUGGCUUUAUAAGUCAGGUGGUGAGUGAAAUGGAAUGCUUGCAAGGUACGCGGCAGAAGAAGAAACUGAGCCCUCCUUGUAUAUCUAUAGAUCCACCUGAUGGGCAGAGUUUGGUACCUAGGGGACCCCACAGCAUCUCACCUGCCAGUGGAGACGUUUGCUUGAGGAGGCGUGCUCCAUCCUGUGAGUCCAAGGAUUCAGUGGAUAUAGGGGAUUCACUGCUUCCAGACAGUAUGGCAACAUCUCCUACCCCAAAGAAAGACUUGUUGACACUUCCUAGCUUUUCCUUUGAUCAAACGGAAAUGGACCCCUGAGUUAUUUUUCUGUUGGUGCCAAAUGUCUUCUUCCUUUCAUGUAAUAGAAAAAAAAUCUUAAAAACUCUGUACUCCAAAAUGGCACUGGGUAAAAAAUUUCCAAAGAAAGAUUAAAGAACCAGCUGGUUAAAAGAGUGGUUAACCUAUAUCACGCUUACUUAAGCAUAUGUUCUGCUUAGGUAAAAGCAAUACAAUGUGCAGAAUCUAUAUGUAUAUUAUAUUUUAUUAAAUUAAUUGAAUCUAG